AUGGCUACAUUUUCGUUGGAGCAACUGAACUUUUUCAAGUUCUCAUCUGUCGUACUUGAUGAAUUUCCACCCGUCCUCCGCCACGUUUUUGUUAAAAUGUGGGACAAUCAAGUCGCUCCUACACCAGGCUUUCAAAAAUGGGACGACUCACCUCUGGUUCGUAACAUGUUUCUCAAUAAAGAGGGUGGAAAGACAAAAUAUGUUCCAACCGAUAAAUCAUAUCAUGAGUGGGACUGCACAGCGCUGUUUGAAGCCACUCUCUAUGCUCAGAGCUUUGCCAUGCCAGACGGAAGUGGCAGGUCCGCUUCUUUAGACAAACUGUACGUAAAGCCCCGUCGUUUACCAAUUGGAAUCUUUCACCCUGUCGUUUUAAGCCCUUCUGGAAACCAGGCCGAGACGUUUGCGUUAUCGUUGGACCAGCUUCGUUUGCUACGCAACACACUCUGUCACCAGACAAGCACCCAAAAGAUUGACAAGAAAACUUUUGCUCACUAUGUACAGUUGGCAAGAGAUGCAUUCGCUGCACUUGGACAAGAUACAACCAGGAUUGAUGAGAUCGGAAAGCUUGACGAAGACGACUUUCCUACUUCCAGGCUUCAAAAGCUGGAAGAAGACUUGAAGAGAGAAAAGGAUGCUGCCAUCAAGUUCAAGCAAAUCAGUGAUCACCUCGUCCAGAUCGAGUCUCAAAUUAAAACUGUUGGAUCAGAUGUAAAAACGGCAGCAAGAGAGGUGCAGUUAAAAGUGGAAGAAGUCGCGUCAGACAUAGAAAUGACAGUAGCGGAAGUGCAGAAUAAAUUGGAAGAAGUCGGGUCAGAUGUGAAAACGGCAGUAACAGAUAUGCAGGAUAAAGUGGAAGAAGUAGGGUCAGACGUAACAACUGCAGUAACAGAUGUGGAAAAGAAAGUGGAAGAAGUCGGGUCAGAUGUGAAAACGGCAGUAACAGAUAUGCAGAAUAAACUGGAAGAAGUGGGGUCAGACGUAACAACUGCAGUAACAGAUGUGGAAAAGAAAGUGGAAGAAGUCGCGUCAGAUGUGAAAACGGCAGUAACAGAUAUGCAGAAUAAACUGGAAGAAGUGGGGUCAGACGUAACAACUGCAGUAACAGAUGUGGAAAAGAGAGUGGAAGAAGUCGCGUCAGAUGUGAAAACGGCAGUAACAGAUAUGCAGAAUAAACUGGAAGAAGUGGGGUCAGACGUAACAACUGCAGUAACAGAUGUGGAAAAGAAAGUGGAAGAAGUCGGGUCAGAUGUGGUAACUGCGGCAAGAGAUGUACGUACGAAAGUGGAAGAGGUCAGGUCAGAUGUAGAGAAGAAAGUUACAGCUGUUAAAACUCAAGUGAAAAACGUCGGUUCAGAUAUUAUGGCAAAAGUUGAACAUGUUGGGUUGGAACUAGCUAAAGUGAAAACAAAUGUCGAUGACGUAAAACAAGCAGUGCAGGCAAGAAUCACAAAAGGUAAGAGUAGCAAAGCUUGUUUCUAUAUAUGCGAAACACUAGCUGACUUGGAUUCGUCAUGAUCUACAUGAUCUUCCUCCUCGUGAAGGGAACUACUUGGCUAGUUUUGCACGCUUACAUUCCCUUUCAUAUGCAUUUAAAAAGAACUGUGUUGUGGCACUCUACUAUGCAUGUUUCCAAACAAAGCAUACUCAACAGUAUCCAGAAAAAACAGAACAGGUUUGCAAACUCAGGCCACUUCAGGCAUAAGUCUAGAUGACUGCUAUUUAGAACGGUUUGCUUACAUCAAUGAUCCUAAAAAUUAAACUACAAAUGUAGCUUAAUGGCCUUAGCAAUAUAAGACAUUUACGAAGCUCAAAUUUUCGUCACGUGACUGAUAAUUGAGAAUUAACGAUAAAAAUAUUUACUCUAAAAUGGGGGAAGGAUAAGGAAAGAACAACAAGUUCUUUUAGGUACAUUUCAGAGGCCAAUAAAAAGGUUCUGAAAAAUUCACCUUGUAUGUGUGUUCAUGUUAUUCAGUAAUCGGUAAAUAAAAAGAAAAGGGUCACGUGACAAUAAAAUUACUUAAAUAGCCAAGAGGAUGAAUAAUGUUUCCAGGAAAACGUUUUUAUGUGACGUCUUUGACGAAGAAAUAUCACGUGUAGAAGUAAUCACCAUUCAAGUUUUUUUUUUCGUUGAACCACAUUUGUAGUUCACGUUUCAGGAUCACUGAUUCUUACUAAAAUGCAUAUUUAAUUAGGUCGAGUCAUGCCUUAAGUGGCCUGAGAAUUCUAAGAAAAACUCGCCUUUUUAAUUUAACUUAGAAACCUGCAAAUUACGGCCCGAAAGUUUAACAUUCUUCUUCGUUAACCUUAGAAUAGAUUUUCCAGAAAAAUGUCAUGUUGGUAGCCACUAGUAAUUUAUCAUAUCAGAACGAUCAACCUGGCGCGGUUAUGUAAAAUACUAUCUUUUUCACUUUAUCAUUAAUCGCAAAUUUAAGGAAUAAUCAUUCGCCGCAUUAUCACUUGCCUCUAUUUUCUCUCUAAGAUGUAAUUGUGCCCGACUCAUCCAUACCUGAUGAAAUACCAAACUUUGUUGGCCGCGACAAGGAAUGUAAAGCAGUAGAACAUCAUUUAACAGAUGAAGUUACUCGACUGGUUAAUGUCUGGGGUCCACCUGGAUUUGGAAAAACGUCAGUGGCCAUCAGGGUGGCUCAUCACUUGCAAGAGAAGAAUAUUCCAGUUUUCUUUGCUUCCGCUCGUGGAAUGGAAAGUAAGGAGGAUUUAAUAUCAAAGGUGCUAAGUAUGUUCGCAGACGAUAAACAGGUCGGCCAUAUUUCAUCGUCUCACUUAAUAAUUCAAUGUUUACAACAAGUUCAAAACCCUUUUGUCUUAAUAUUAGACAACGCAGAUGACUUACUUGAAUCUGGGGAUACCAAUCGAAAAGAACACGUGCUUCGUUUUAUUGAGGAGAUCUUCAAUCAUUGCAAACAAAUGAAGCUUCUGCUAACUACUCGUGAAAGUCUAGACCACUUAAGCCAUAAGCUCUCCAUCUACCUAGAGAAAAUUAAUGUAUUGGAUGAAAUUUCUUCGGCAGAUCUAGUAAGGCUGCUGUUACCAGAUGCAUCGGAAUGUGACUGCGAUUGCAUAGUGAGGGAAUGUGGUAACGUUCCUAUGUCCAUGCGACUGAUGUGCAGCAUUAUUAAGGGAACAAAUAUCUCUGUAAAUGCACUUUUAGAAGAAAUAAACAAUUCAACGCUCCUCGAAGUUUUGGAUUGUGAAAGCUUCCCCGAUGAGUGUCAAUUGAAUUCUGUAAUAAAAACAUCUUUCAAAAGGCUCAUGAUUCGCGAUAGAGACGCAUUUAUUUCGCUUUCCGUUUUUCCUGGGAGGUUUGGAUUAGAGGAAGCUCAAGCCAUAUUGAAAGCGAAAACAGAAGUUAAGACCAAACAAAUCAUCCGGAGUUUGGAGCGAAAGUCCUUGAUGGAUUGUGGAGACAAUUUUAGCCUUUUUUCGGUGCAUUCACUUUUAAGGUCCUUUAUUGGGAAAGAAAUAAAAUAUGACGAGGCAGUUGAAGCUGUAUUUAGGAAUGCACAGCUUCAGUUUUACGACUAUUACAUUGCGAGGUGUAAAGUUGCUAAUGAAAACUUUCUGACGGGACGUUAUUCAGUCGCUUUCAGAAGUUUCCUUGAUCGGCGUGAGUGCAUCAUUUCAUCCCUUUCUAAUGGACCUGGAAAAGACAUGACCUACUCCAAGGCUGUAGACUUGUUAUCUGAGGCAAAAUCAUUUCUCUAUGUUGCACUGCAUGGCGAAAAAAAAUUAUUUGAGCGCCUUUAUGACAUAGCAAUAGAAGAAGCAGAAAGAAGGGAGAAGGUCGUCGACAAAAAAAUGUUACUCUCUGCCAAAGAAUUUCCUCUUAGUCAGUGGUAUCAGACAGACACUGCUAAAAGCUACUUCUGGCUUGGUAGAGUGCAGAGUGAAGCGGGAGACCUGAGAGGGGCAUUGGAGUCUGUACAGUUGAGCUUAAGAUUGAGAAAAGAAUUUUUAGGACAUCAUCCCGAUACAGCCGACAACCUUCAUGAGCAAGGCGUUAUCUAUAAUCGUAUGGGUGACCAUAAGUCAGCUGUCGAAGCAUUCCAAAAAGCAGCAGAUAUGGAUUUAAAUUUUCGUGGAGAUCACAUAUUCACGGCACAGAGCUACCACAACCUUGGUGUUGCUCGGAAUAACAUGGCAGACUUAACAGGAGCUUUGGAUUCGUUUCAAAGAGCAGCAAACAUGAGAUCACGUGUGCUUGGUGAUAACCAACACACGGCGUAUAGCUACCAUCUCCUUGGAUUAGUGCAGCGUGACAUGGGAGACCUUGAAGGAGCUUUGGAUUCUUUACAAAGAGCAGCAAACGUGAGAUCAAGUGUGCUUGGUGAUCACGAAGACUCGGCGAACAGCUACUAUUGGCUUGGCUUAGUGCAGCAUGACAUGGGAAACCUUGAAGGAGCUUUGGACUCUUUACAAAGAGCAGCAAACGCGAGUUCAAGUGUGCUUGGUGAUCACGAAGACACGGCGAACAGCUACUGUUGGCUUGGUUCAGUGCAGCGUGACAUAGGAGACCUUGAAGGAGCUUUGGACUCUUUACAAAGAGCAGCAAACAUGAGAUCAAGUGUGCUUGGUGAUCACGAAGACACGGCGCACAGCUACGAUUGGCUUGAAUUAGUGCAGCGUGACAUGGGAGACCUUGAAGGAGCUUGGGACUCUUUGCAAAGAGCAGCAAACAUGAGAUCACGUGUGCUUGGUGAUCACCAACAAACGGCGACCAGCUACUGUUCGCUUGGUUCAGUGCAGCGUGACAUGGGAGACCUUGAAGGAGCUUUGGACUCUUUACAAAGAGCAGCAAACAUGAGAUCACGUGUGCUUGGUGAUCACGGAGACACGGCGAACAGCUGCUGUUGGCUCGGUUCAGUGCAGCGUGACAUGGGAGACCUUGAAGGAGCUUUGGACUCAUUACAAAGAGCAGCAAACAUGAGAUCACGUGUGCUUGGUGAUCACAAACACACAGCGUAUAGCUACCAUCUCUUUGGAUUAGUGCAGCGUGACAUGGGAGACUUUGAAGGAGCUUUGGACUCUUUACAAAGAGCAGCAAACAUGAGAUCGCGUGUGCUUGGUGAUCACGGAGACACGGCGAACAGCUGCUGUUGGCUCGGUUCAGUGCAGCGUGACAUGGGAGACCUUGAAGGAGCUUUGGACUCAUUACAAAGAGCAGCAAACAUGAGAUCACGUGUGUUUGGUGAUCACCAACACACGGCGUAUAGCUAUCAUCUCCUUGGAUUAGUGCAGCGUGACAUGGAAGACCUUGAAGGAGCCUUGGACUCUUUACAAAGAGCAGCAAACAUGAGUUUAAGUGUGCUUGGUGAUCACGAUGACACGGCGAACAGCUACUAUUGGCUUGGCUUAGUGCAGCGUGACAUGGGAGACCUUGAAGGAGCUUUGGACUCUUUACAAAGAGCAGCAAACAUGAGUUUAAGUGUGCUUGGAGACCACGAUGACACGGCGAACAGCUGUUAUUGGCUUGGUUUAGUGCAGCGUGACAUGGGAGACCUUGAAGGAGCUUUGGACUCUUUACAAAGAGCAGCAAACAUGAGAUCACGUGUGUUUGGUGAUCACCAAAACACGGCGUAUAGCUAUCAUCUCCUUGGAUUAGUGCAGCGUGACUUGGGAGACCUUGAAGGAGCUUUGGACUCUUUACAAAGAGCGGCAAACAUAAGAUCAAAUGUGCUUGGCAAUCACGAAGACACGGUGUCCAGCUACCACAUACUCGGUCAAGUGCAACGUGACAUGGGAGACCUUCAAAACGCUUUGGAGUCGUACGAAAUAUCGGCGAAAAUAAAUUUUAAUCUACUUGGUUACAACGAAUACACGGCAGCCACCUACUACAGUCUUGGUGUACAACAGGGUGAAAUGGGAGACCUCAAAGGAGCUUUGAAGUCUUUAGAAACAGCACAGGAAUUGACGUCAAAUUUGCUUGAUGAUCACGAAAAUACGGCACGCACCCACUGUGAGGUUGGUAGAGUGCAAUUUGAAAUGGGACACCUAAAAGCAGCUCUAGAUUCUUUACAAAAAGCAGUAAACAUGAGAUCAAAGUUGCUUGCUGACCACGAAGACACGGCGUCCAGCUGCCACAUGCUUGGUUUAGUGCUGCGCGACAUGGAAGACAUAUGAGGCGCUUGUGACUCUUUACAAGAGGCAACGAACAUGAGAUCAAAUGUGCUUGGUGAUCACGAAGAAACAGCACGCAGCUACCACCAGCUUGGUGUUGUGCAGCAUGGAAUGGGAGACUUGAAAGGAGCAUUGGAAUUUUUACAAAAAGGAUCAGACAUGAGAGUUAAACUACUGGGUGAUCACGGAGAUACGACAAGCAGCUUGAAUGAAUUACGUGCUGUGCGGAGCAAACUACCAUAA